CUCGUCCUAUACCACCACGUUCACCGAUUAAUACCGCACCUUCUUUCUCAGAGCCAACAAUGCGGCUCUUGUGAAUACGCAAGCUGAAUGCUAUUCAUUGGAAUUAGGCACGAUUAAUACGCCUAACCUGUCCUGCUUUGACAUAACAAGACUACUCCAGGGUGGACGUGCUCGAGAGGCGUGAACAAUGAAAACUCGCUGCCGACGUCAAAGGGAAUGGUACUCGCUUUGUCCCCCCUUGGUGGAACCUCCCGAGCGAGACAUUAUAUAAAGGACAUCUGUGCGUACCCGUUCUUUCAGUCAUUUGCCAGUGUACGCGCGCAGGCGUUACCUUGCGCCCCAUCCACUCGUCGCCUCAGUCAUUCGCCCCUACUACCCCGCCAUGAAUACCGUCUCUUCCAUGCACCCCAACGCUCGCCACAAACAAUGUUUGUGCGGCAAGUGGUUCAGCAUCAAACCCGAGCGCGAUCGAUACUGCUCGAAGCCAUGCGCACUUGCAGACUCGUGGAACACGCUGGUAGCAGGCGAGUCGCACUACAGGCGCGAGAUGGCCGCGAGGGAGGCGAUGAAGGCCGCUUCCGCGAAACGAGUGGCAUCCAGCAGAUCGAUGCGCACUCCAGAGGUUGCGACAAGCAUUCCCAUGGGUCAGCGCGGCGGGCCUGUAGCCAUACAGGCCGACUAUUACACCGCUUUCGGUCAAGCGGUCCCCCAUCGUCCCCAACCAGUCAGCACCAGGCCGAGGACGCGGCACCUGCGCAGGAUACCAUCGACGAUGCACCUAUCCUCGCUAGCCAAAUCCCAAUCUGUACGGCCCCUGAACAUGUUCUCGCCUGCGCCUUCAUACUGCGGUAGGCAGGGCUGAGGCAGGAACUCCGGAGAACGAUUUAACCGCUGGACGUCACUCCUGGCGCAAAGCGAGGACAACGCUCUUUCAUCCACGCAUACCACUUUCAUCCACAUACCUAUGGCAAAUAGGCUGAGGAUCAUAGAAUGAUUACCUGGUUACUCGUUCGUUCACUCGAAGUUGUAUGUAUGUUUACUGCACUUCAUGGCGUCUCUCGACAUCCUUCGUUUUCUUCUGCUGCACUCCUGUUGUAACACAUUGCCCAGCAACAUCCCAAUCAAUGUAUUGAAUUCUCCGCACAAA